AUGUUCGACAUCAAUGCUCAAUGUGAGUAUUAUGCGGGGGCAUCGGGGAAUUCAAUUGAAAACUGUCUAGCUUUUAAAAAGUUGGUACAGAGAUUAAGAAAAAGAAAUGUCAUCAACUUUGGUGACAGUGAGCAGCCCAAUGUGGCUCAAAACCCUCUACCGAACCAUGCAUGCACAUGGGUUAAUGUUGUUAUUGAAGAAAGAGGUAACAGAGUCAUACCCAAAGUCAAUGAAGUGAAGUCACCCAUAUAUUGGGUAUGGGGGCAAAUGGUCAAAGCAGGUUGGUUGACCUUUAGUGCUAACGGAAAUAAGCACGCUUGCCCCUACCACCGUUGUGAGAAUCAUGUCAUUCAAAACUGUGAUGAGUUCAAGGCAUUGGUUCAAAGGCUGAUGGAUAGUAAAGACAUGGAAUUUUUCCUUGAAGCUACGAAAGAGAAAGAGAUGGAGAUUUGUGCUUCUGAAGGCAUAUCCAAGAGAGUUUACAAUGCUAACUGCCCUUUAGUCAUCACACCAAAAGCCUGGACUAUGGAAAGGUUAAUCCCAAAAGUGGUGAUCAUGCCUCCGUCGUCAUUUCCUUACAAGGACAACAAACAGGUCCCUUGGAGGUAUGGAUGCCAACUGGAGAAUGUUGAGAGUUCAGAGGCUGCUAAGGAAGAGGUGGAUGAGGUAUGCCACUUUACCAGAAGUUGGAGAUGUUAUUCUCCCAACCAGACCAGUGAACCUGAGAAAAGAGCGGCCCCUGAUAAAGGAAAAAGGGUCGAAAUACUACUAAAAGAUGAUGAGCCGACAAUUAAUGAGCCAGUAACCAAGAACGAGGCUGUAGAAUUUUUAAAAUUUCUGAAGCAUAGUGAGUACAGUAUCGUCGAACAACUACACAAAUCGCCAGCUCGCAUCUCGAUCCUGUCUCUACUAUUAAGCUCUGAGGCACAUCGAGAUGCCUUGUUGAAAGUCUUGAAUCAGACUUUUGAGCCAAAAGAUGUACCAGUGGAAAAGAUAGACCGACUGGUUGCGAAUAUUCAGGCGGAUAACUUCAUUUCUUUCUCUGAUGACGAAAUCCCGUCCGAAAUGAUGGGCAAUCCCAAAGCCCUGCACAUUACUAUCAGGUGCAAGGGACAUGUAUUAUCACGAGUACUAAUCAACAACGGCUCUGCCCUAAAUGUGAUGCCAUUAGUAACCUUAAAGAAAUUGCCGGUCGAUAGUACACACAUUAGAAAUUUCCAAAGCAUCGUUCGGGCUUUCGACGGAACGAAGAAGGAGGUGUUGGGGAAGAUCGACAUUCCUUUAACUAUAGGGCCAUCGACUUACGAGGUUGAAUUCCUUGUAAUGGAUAUAAUACCCUCCUAUAACUGCUUGUUAGGAAGGCCUUGGAUCCACCAGGCAGGAGCCGUGCCGUCCACUCUUCACCAGAAACUCAAAUUUGUAAUUGAGGGGAGACUGAUAUGCCUUAAUGCUGAGAAAGAUAUCAUUGCUUCCAUAUCUACUACCGCUCCAUAUGUCGAAGUAGAUGAAGAUGCGGUCGAGUGCUCUUUCAGAGCCUUGGAAUUUGUUUAUGCCACCUUUGUUGCCGAAAGAAAGAAAAUUCGGAAGCCUAGGCUAUCCAACUGUAUCAAAAUGGGGCUGAAAGACUCUGGGAAGAGGAGCCAAGAUUGGAAGAGGGCUAGGGAGUCGCUUACAGGGGAAUAUUAG